CCACUGUUGAGUAUGUUGUCCAAAUCCUUUUUUGUAGUUGUAGAAUGAAGUCUUUUCAAUUCAUGAUAAAAUUAUCUAAGUUCUUAAAAUUCACCACGAAACAAAAAAUUUCAUUUUAUAUUCUUGCUUUCGCAUGUACAUUUUGUGCAUGCGAUUCUUUUAAUUUAAGGAUGCAAUUUCUUUGACCAGAAAAAGAAGAAGAUGCAAUUUAUUCCAGUCUCGGGGUCGAAUUAUACAAAAUCUUUGAUCCAAAAAAUCGACAGAUCCAGGGAAAUUAACUCCAAAAUUUAAAACGUAAACAUUUAAUCUUUUGAUUGAUAGGGAAUAUUCCCACAGAUUAUCGAUCGUGACUGAAAACAUCAAACUUAUUAUCCAACAAAAUAGACAAGAAAAGUUCAACGAAAUGGGCGAUCCAGCCCCACCGCCUUUACUGUCCCCUUAAUAUAAAUAAUAUUUUGAUCGUCAACGAAGACCAUAUAUUUGUUUGAAAAACAACAACCAAAAGCCAUAAAUUCCGUUUUUUAUUUACGUCAACACAAUAAAAUAAGACCUUCGUUUUUUUUGUUUCUUUAUUCCAUAACUUAUAUAUUUUCAUAUUAAUAAAACUGUAUUCGACAGAACAAUAAGCAAUUUAAAUACAAAUACUUGAUUCUAGUACACGUUUUAACGAGUCAGCUAUAGCUUGAGCCAUCCAAAAUAUGCCGUAACAUUUAAAAGACAAAUAUGGGAACACUUUUAGUUACAAAAAUAAAAAGAUGGGAAAACAAGAAACUAAAAGGGGAUAUUGAAAGACGGAAGGAAAACAAACAUUGUAGUAGAAACCCGGUCUGGUUUCAUCUGUGUUUGAACUUGAAAUUCAAUUGGAAACAAAAAUACAAAUAAACCACUUUUAAAAUCACGUCUCAGUUGUGCAGUGUAUAAAUGAUUAAUUUCUAGUAAAAACGAAAAAAAAAUGACAAAAAGAUAAGAAUUAUUUUGUGUAAACUUUUUAAAUCUUUUUUAGUUUCUGGAUUUUUUUUUUUUAUAUUCACUCUAAUGUAUCUAUAUCAAGAAUUUUUAAAUAUUCCUCUUUCUCCCAUUCGCAAGCAAAAAAAAAAAAAAAACAGACAGUGGAUCUUCAUAGGACGGUUCAGGUGAUGCUGUUAGGCAUAUAUCUUCAUAAGACAGGUAGUAUUGUCGGUUGUCGAAUCGUCUAUGUAAUCUUUCACAUAUCAUAAUUAUAAUUAUAAGAUCAUAAUAAAUCAUCGUUAAAAAAAAUGCACUCUGCUUUUGAAAAAAAAAAAAAAAAUGAUAUGGGAACACGACUUUUUCUCCCACCACCUUCCUUCUUGUACUAAUCACCACUCAGUUACUGAAAACAAAAUAUCAUUCAAAAGUUUUCUUACAGUUAAUAAUCAAACGUGAGCAUGACGCAACCGGAUCUAAGUCGAAUUUCCAAAAGUAUCCUGUCCUAUGGCGUUAGAAACGUUCUAGGACCACGGGUUCUUUUGUCAUUCCAAACGAAACUGACGUCAAUAUGGACUCAAGGGUAGUCCUGUCAUUUCCACAAGUUAUCAUGAGGAGAAAACAAAAGCACUCUACGACUACGACUUUCUUAUUUAUUUGUUUUUGCUUCAGAACCUCUCUGUUCUUCUUCACCUUCCUUGGUCCUUCCUCUCUCCUUCUUCUUCUUGAGAUUUUCUUUCUUUCUUGUUGUUUAAUAUUUUCAUUCUAUUUAACGUAUAUAUUCGGCUAAGCAGACACUUGCGCCGCCGAAACUUACUGUACUUCGUUCUUGUCCUGAUCAUCUGUGUCCUUGUUCCACAAGCUUUGUCUGUCUUCAAGUUGCUAUUUUAAUCUGAGAUGGGUAAUUGCUUAGAUUCAUCAGCUAAGGUGGAUAGCAGCAGCCAUAGCCCACAUGCUAAUUCUGGUUCGUCUGCGUCAAAUGUCUCGAGCAACACAAGCCGUUCAACGGGUCCUUCAGGAAGAAGCACAAACUCUUACAGCACAGGAAGCAGUAGUUUAGGAUCAUCAUUACCAACGCAGCCAAGAACAGAAGGAGAGAUAAUUUCAUCUCCCAAUCUAAAAGCUUUCUCUUUCAACGAACUAAAGAACGCUACCAAGAACUUCCGUCCUGAUAGUCUACUAGGCGAAGGAGGUUUCGGUCGUGUAUUCAAAGGAUGGAUUGAUGAAACAACUCUCACUGCUUCACGACCUGGUUCUGGUAUCGUCGUUGCUGUUAAGAAGCUUAAGCCUGAAGGUUUCCAAGGUCAUAAAGAGUGGCUGACUGAAGUGAACUAUCUCGGUCAACUUAGUCACCCAAAUCUUGUAUUACUAGUUGGUUAUUGCUUAGAAGGCGAAAACCGGCUUCUUGUAUAUGAAUUCAUGCCUAAAGGAAGCUUGGAGAAUCAUCUUUUUAGACGUGGUGCACAGCCACUUACAUGGGCAAUAAGAAUGAAAGUGGCAGUAGGUGCAGCUAAAGGGCUUAAUUUUCUUCACGAAGCAAAGUCACAAGUGAUUUAUAGAGACUUUAAAGCUGCUAACAUUCUACUCGACGCUGAGUUCAAUGCUAAGCUUUCAGAUUUCGGUUUGGCCAAAGCAGGACCUACCGGUGAUAACACACAUGUGACCACAAAGGUUAUGGGUACUCAGGGAUAUGCUGCUCCUGAAUAUAUCGCCACAGGUAGAUUAACAGCAAAGAGUGACGUGUACAGCUUCGGCGUGGUACUACUGGAACUAAUAUCAGGAAGACGUGCCAUGGACAAUUCAAACGGAGGAGUCGAAUACAGUCUUGUGGACUGGGCAAAACCAUACCUCGACGAUAAGCGAAAGCUUUUCCGCAUAAUGGACACAAAACUAGGCGGCCAGUAUCCACAAAAGGGAGCUCUCGCAGCUGCUAGCCUCGCGUUGCAGUGCCUAAACCCUGACGCAAAGCUAAGGCCAAAAAUGUCAGAGGUUUUAGUCACGUUAGAGCAGCUAGAGUCCGCUGCUAAACCUGGAGGUAAACACACGCAAAUGGAAUCUCCAAGGGGUCGUCAUUCCUCUGGUGUGCAGAAGUCUUCGGUAAGAUUUGGUCAAGAUCGGCCUCUGGGGAACAUAACUCCUGGUGCAUCGCCUUUGCCUUCUUACAGUAAGUCUCCGCGUGUGAGAUGAAAGUAAAUAGAUCAUACUCGUUGCUUGAAUGUGUAAUGUAUGUAAGAUGGAGAUUUUGAGAUUCAGGUUGUCUAUGUGUAGUAUGUAUGAUUGGAGAUGAGUUAAAAAAACGAUUUAUAACAGAACAUAACUAUCA